CUGUGAUUGCGUGACGGCCCUGAUUUAGGUGGCUCAUAAGGCCGGCCCAUUAGGCGUCGCGCCGUUAUAUUCAUCGGCCGGCGGCGACGCGCGGCCACUGCCGCGUGGCAUCAACUUUAACAGCUACGACAUCGACGAUAAGAACAACGGCGACAUCGACCAGUGUGACGAGAGCGAGCAGAGCGGGCGGCGGGAGACGAGCGUGAAACGAGAUCAGGGGAGAUUAGGGGCGAGAGCGCGGAGGAGGAGGGGGGGGGGCGGGAGCCGCCCGGCGCGGCAGCAGCAGCCUCGCGAUGCUGUCGCACGCAGACAUGCUGGACUCGCGACUCGUGCAGAGGAACAUGUACUCCGCCGAGGGUCUCAAGGAUCACUCUGAGAUGCUGCGAGUCGCCGAGGCCAGCAAGUGUCGCCUGGUCGGCGUGGGCGGCAACGGGAACGAGCACCCGUGCGUCUCGGGGGGGUGGGGCCCCGACGGAGUCACGAUGCUCGGGGGGGACGACAUGCAGCAGCAGCAGCAGAACCAGGGACCCGGCGGCGGAGGAGGAGGUGGUGGAGUAGGAGGAGGUGGAGGAGGUGGUGGAGGAGGAGGCGGCGGCUCGGGGCUGUCGGCUCUCAAGGAGCCGGACAGCAGCAAGCAGCAGUCGGGGGUGGCGCCGCAGAAGCAGAAGCGUCACCGCACGCGCUUCACGCCCGCGCAGCUCAACGAGCUGGAGCGCAGCUUCGCCAAGACGCACUACCCCGACAUCUUCAUGCGCGAGGAGCUGGCGCUGCGCAUCGGCCUCACCGAGUCGCGCGUGCAGGUGCGUGCCGCGCGCGUGCAG